AUGUGGUUUAUUAUUACAGCUAAUGAACUUCUGAUUAUUCCUGAUACAUUGGAAACAAGGCAAUUUUUUAAUGUCAGAGAGACCAAUAUCUAUUCAGAAAGUUUAGAUACUGAAAGUGAUUCUGUACUUUCACUGAAUACUGAAGUAAAUACUGAAGCAAACAUAGAUGACGUUAUCAUACAGAAUAAUAACAAUUCCGAAAAUUAUACUACGAGUUCCACUGUAUCCGAUUGUACAGCAGCUAGGUGGACAGAUGCCAAUGCUGUGAAAGCACUUAUUUCAAAUUGGAAGGAACAUGAAAAUGAUUUCAAAAAUCAUAAUAUAAGAAACAAUAAAGUAUGGCAAAUGAUUGCGGAUGAUUUGAAAAAAACAAAUUCUUUGUGGAAUUUCACUGGCACUCAGUGCGAGAAUAUAUUUAAGGAUGUUAGGAAAGCAUGUACUAAAGUGAAAGAUCACAAUAAUGAAAGUGGAGCAGAACUUAAAACAUGUAAGUUUUAUGAUAACAUGGAGGUUGCUUUAGGAGACAAACCAAUAGUGAAACCAAUUUCAAUAUCAUCGUCACUGAAGAAAAGGGUAUAUCCAAAUGUAAAGAGAGCAAUAUCGCCAUGUACUUCUGACACUUGUGAUGAAAAGGAAAAUGUGUCGCUAAAUAAACCACAAACAAAUAGGAAGAAAAGUAAAGUAGCAAGAGAAUUACAGAAAUUGAGUGCACAACAGAGUGCAGUGGCAGAGGAAAGGGAACAAGCAAAAAUGCAGCGGCAUAGGGAGAAGAUGGAGAAACAAGAUAAAACCAUAGCAGUAAGAUUUAAGCCAGAAAAAAUAAAAUAAAGAAACAAGAAGCAGAAAGCACAUUGUAUA